GAAGAGAGAGCGAAAUCACUGCUUGAUAGUUUGGAGCUGAGGAGGGGUGAAAGAACUCGGCAAAAGGUCGGCGAAGAGGAAAACGAAGCGAUGCGGGCGGCGCUGGAGAAACCCCUUGUCGUCGCCGCCGCGGCUGCGGCGCUGGUGGUGGGUGCCCUCCUCGUCUCGAGCUUCAUCCGUGCCGGCGACCGCGCCCUCCUCUGCUCCUCCAUCUUCUCCUCCUCCUCGUCCUCCUUCUCCUCCUCCUCCUCUUCGGAGCUCGCGGAGGCGCUCCUCCACUACGCCACCACCAACGUCGUACCCCAGCAGUCCCGCGCCGAGAUGCGCAUAUCCUUCGACGUCCUCCGCCGCCGCGCCCCCUGCAACUUCCUCGUCUUCGGCCUCGGCCACGACUCCCUCAUGUGGUCCGCCUUCAACGCCGGCGGCACCACCGUCUUCCUCGAAGAAGAUCCCAAAUGGUUCCAAUCCGUCACCAAGGCCUCCCCGGCCCUCCGCGCCCACAACGUCCGCUACCGCACCCAACUCAUCGAGGCCGACGAUCUCAUCAAAUCCUACCGAUCCGAGCCCUCCUGCCUCCCGCCGGCGGCGGCGCCACUCAAGAACAACCACCGGUGCCGGUUGGCCCUCGCCGACCUCCCCGCCGAGAUCUUCGAUCGGGAGUGGGAUCUCAUCAUGAUCGAUGCUCCAAAGGGGUACUACAACGAGGCGCCGGGCCGGAUGGCGGCGAUCUUCUCGGCGGCGGUGAUGGCGAGGAGCCGGCGGGGAGAGGGCGAGACCGAUAUCUUCCUCCAUGACGUCAAUCGGAAGGUCGAGAAGAUGUUUGCGAUGGAGUUUCUCUGCAAAAAACACCUCGUCGGCGGGACUGGCCGGCUGUGGCACUUCCGGAUCCCGCCGGUGAGGGGGAACGAGACCUCCGCCUCCAGCGAGAAGAGCUUCUGCUGAAGUUUUGAAAUUUUAGAUUUUCCGAGGGGCUUUCUUGUUACUUUAUUUUUGGGCUUGUACUUAAUCUCUAUUUUUGAAUUUUACUUAUACCCCUACUCUAUCCGUUUGCAUGGAUUUGUGAAUUUUGAUUAAAUUAUAACAAAUGAGCAGGGUGGAAAUGGUAGUGGAGGCAA